AUGGUGGGUCGCUACAACAGCAAAGACGCGCCGCUCGACCUCAAUGCUGGGUUCGCUCCGCCCGACCCGAAGCUUGCGAACUGGCAGCCACCUGUUGAUCAGAUCCCUAUGUCUGGCAACGGCAGAGACUCGCGCUUCCUAGAAGAUAACAUGUGGGCGACGAAGCCAGUGCGGCCGAAGAGGGCAAACAUGGCUGCUAUCUCAACCGAGUGGGAUACCACAAGCGACAGCAACGAGCUCAAGCUAGAUGGCACGGGUACCUGGGGUGACUGGGGCGUGAAGACUACGAGCGCACCCAAGAACAGCAAGAAAGGCGAUGCGUCGCAGGUACCUUGCACUAUUAAUGGAAUGAACAAGGCUCUUGAGCAGCGAGUACGAGCUGCAAGCGCACAGACUGCGGCAGCAUAUGCGAAUGCCUCUCCUCUAUCCGUCGCUACAAAGGCCGAGUCUAUCACAUCAAACGCCAAUAGCUCAAUAUCGGGACAGUCUCAUCACAGAAGUAUUCCUCCGCACAAGAGGAGGAUUCUGGCGGUGCAGGCUACUUCUGCUUCAUCUAACGCAGCGAGAGAUCUCUUGGGUCUCCAGGUAUCAACUAAAUCGCAGGCGCUUAUGGCUCCUGUAAUGCGUUCGAACCCGGUCACAUCGCGCCCCGCACCUGGCAACUAUUUUACAGUGCCUGCCAAUUCAACAGGACGAAGGCCUUCAAGCACUACGCUCGUCAACGGCACGGAUUCAGAUGACGAAUCCAUGGCAAGGACGCUCCAGGCGAAGGAGUUUGGCUUUGGUUUACACCACAUCAAUAGCGCUCAACAAAUGAUUGAGCAAGAGCUUCAACACUACAAGUCCAAACACGGAAAAACUACGUCCCACUGCACAGGCUUGUACGAGAAGAUACACAAGAUCCAAGAGAUCCUGUGGAAACAGGAAUCGAUGAAGCUUGCCGCUUUCGCUGAGUCUAAGGAUUCGCUUUUCCAGAUAAGUGAGCAAGAAUUUCACAGUUACUAUGCGAAGGUGGUAUCCAUGCACCUUGCUCAAUGGAACGUCCGCCAAAAUCGCGUACAAGAUAUCAUGAAAAUGCAGGCGGAUAUGGAAGCCAGCCGCUAUAGCGUGGAGGCGAUCCUUGCAAUGGACGGCAGGGAACUCAACGAAGCUUUCGAGAAUAUCGCCCUUGCAUACAAUAACAAGGCUUCAGGCAGCAACACCAGGUCUUUGUCUUCUGAGCGUCGAUUCCUCUUGACGGAGGAUGACCUCAUCUGCCUAGCAGAUGGCAGUGAAGGCAUUGGCAGCGGGCGCGACUUUGAUAGCGAUGGCUUCGGUCUUAGCGGCGAUGAGGACGAUGAUGAUGACGAUGACGACGGCCAUAUUGUCUUCAAAGGUCGUGGAUAA